UGAAUCGUCACUCUGCGCGGACCAGAGAGACCACAGGACUGCUCGACUGCUCCUCUGACACCAACGAUGGGCUGGCAGGAGCGAGGAUGGCCCGUCUGUGCCACUUUUCUCGGAUUCUUGGCGUUGGCGCAGAGCGUAACGCGGGAGCAGCUUUUCCCCUUCGGUCCGAGCGCAGGAGACCGGACUCUGCAGGCAGGGAGCGACCAGACGCACAGACUGGACCUGGACCAGCCCGUGCUGUUUUAUGAUGGCACUUUCGACAGCAUCUUUAUCAACACCAAUGGUUUUGUUGCCACAACAGAGCCCACAGGCGAGUCCUCAUAUCUGGGCCAGCUGCCCCCAAAGUUCGGGAUGAUUGCAGCUCUGCAGGGAGACCUGGACACGAGCGACGGUGUGGGCCAAGUUUACUUCCGUCAAGACUCCAGUCAGGACGUCCUGGCUCGAGUGGCGAACACUAUCAACAACGCCGUCCCUGAUGAAGACGAGGUCUAUCCAUCCCAUGCCGUGGUUAUCACCUGGAGCGACGUCGCCGCGCACGGGCCAACGAGAGGAGACGGGAUCGAGAAGAAGAGGAACACCUUCCAGCUGGUCAUUGCGUCCCUGGAGACCGCCUCCUACGCUAUCAUCCUGUACCCUCGGGACGGAGUACAGUUUGUGUCCACGCCUGCAGGAGGCGGGGAUGCGGUCAUGCACGCCGGCUUCAGUAAGGGUCAGUACCGGGGUUUCCUGUUGUCCAGGCAGGGGCCGUACUACCGCACCACCACUGAUGAGGAAGCGUCAGUCAGAGCGCUAGCAGAGCAGACCAACUCUGGCAUCCGUGGCGUCUGGAUGUACGAAAUCGGAACAGCACCUCAUUUUACCAACGUGCUUCCAGGUGAAGUCACUGACCUGCCCCCUGAGGCCACAGAGGGGCCCUCUGAGGACCACCAGGAUACACACAGGCUUGUGCACACCAAUGGACAGCACGUGGAGUACCCAACUUAUGAAGGAGGUCAGAUCCAAGUACACCCGGUUCAGUAUCAGCCCGGCCAGCCCGAGAACCCAGAGGUGGUGGUGAUUGAUGACACGGAUAUUAACGUAGACGUGUUUUCCUAUAACCUGGGGACUUGUGCUAACAACAGAAAUAAAUGCUCCCAGUUUGCCGACUGCAAAGAUUACGCCAGUGGAUACUGCUGCCACUGCAGACCUGGAUUUUACGGAAACGGGAUCCAGUGUGUGGCAGAGGGAAAGCCUCAGAGGAUGAACGGUAAAAUGCAUGGAAAAGUGUACGUUGGAAACUCUCCGGUGGAGUUCAGCAGCAACGACCUGCACUCCUAUGUUGUUGUGAAUGACGGUCGAUCGUAUGUGGCCAUCAGUGACAUCCCGUACACCCUGGGGCCCUCGCUGCAGCCCUUGGCCGCCCUGGGUGGUGUGAUCGGGUGGGCGUUUGCCCUGGAGCAGCCUGGCUUCAAGAACGGCUUCAGUAUCAUUGGUGGCGAGUUCACACGGCAGGCCGAGGUGACCUUUCUGCCGGGGAAUGAGAAGCUGACCAUCACGCAGCAGUUCAAAGGCAUCGACGAGCACGACCACCUGGUGGUGAGCACCACCAUGGAGGGCCGGGUGCCCGAGGUCCCGCGUGGCUCCACCGUGCAGAUUGACCCUUACUCUGAGAUCUACCAGUACAGCAGCAACCUGAUAACUUCCUCCUCCACUCGGGAGUACGUGGUGAGCCUCCCCGACGGCUCCACAGAGACCAGGACGUACCAGUGGCGCCAGACCAUCACCUUCCAGAGCUGCCAGCACGGCGAGGCUCUGAGAGACAUGAAACCCACUCAGAUGCUCAGCGUGGACCAGGUCUUCGUCAUGUACGAUGCCAAUAAUGAGCUCAUCCGGUUCGCCAUGAGCAACAGGAUUGGGGACGUCAAUGGAGGGCAGCCACAGGAGAACCCGUGUUUCACCGGGAGACACGGAUGUGACACCAACGCCGUAUGUCGACCUGGAGAGGGGACGCAGUUCAGCUGUCAGUGUGCUGCUGGUUUUAAUGGGGACGGACGCACAUGCUACGACAUUGAUGAGUGCGCUGAGACUCCUGGGAUCUGCCGCUCCCACGCCAUCUGCAACAACCAGCCCGGGACCUUCCGCUGUGAGUGUGAAGACGGGUAUCAGUUCGCCGGUGAUGGGCAGACCUGCGUGGAGGUUGAUCGACCCGUGGAUGCCUGCGAAGAAGGAACCCAUUCGUGUGACAUUCCUGAGCGUGCUCAGUGCAGCUACACCGGAGGCUCAUCCUACAUCUGCUCCUGCCUGCCCGGCUUCGUAGGAAAUGGGAGAAGCUGCCAAGACAUCGACGAGUGCCAGCCAGGCAGGUGCCACCAGGACGCCGUCUGCUAUAACACCCAGGGAUCGUUUACCUGCCAGUGCAGGCAGGGUUACUACGGCGACGGCUUCCAGUGUUCUUCAGAGAGGACAAAAACUCAGUGUGAGUCUCACAGAGACAGCGUCCUCGGGGUGACGGAGUACGGUCCUCGUGGCCCUCGGCCUCCGGUGGGACAGUACAUCCCCACGUGUGACGAGAACGGUCAGUACGCACCCAUGCAGUGUCAUGGCAGCACCGGGCACUGCUGGUGUGUCGACCGGAACGGACAGGAGAUCCCCGGGAGUCGAUCUGGACCGGGCAGCAGACCCAUGUGUAUCGAACACGGUGGCAUUCCUCCGCCUUAUGGCCCCACUCCUCGACCUGACAUCCACCCCCUCCCUCCAGGAACUCACCUCCUGUUCGCCCAGAGCGGCAGGAUCGAGCACGUCCCGCUGGACGGUCAGGAUAUGAAUAAGGACAACGCCAAGGCCAUCCUCCAUCUACCUGAGAAGGUGAUCAUCGGAGUGGCCUACGACUGUGUGGAUAAAAUGGUCUACUGGACAGAGAUCACGUCUCCAUCCAUCAGCAAGGCCAGCAUCCAGGGAGGAGAGCCAUCCGCCGUCAUUAGAUCAGAUCUGGACAGUCCAGAAGGGAUCGCCAUCGACCACUUGGGACGGACUCUGUUCUGGACCGACUCUGUGAAGGAUCGGAUCGAGGUUUCCUCUUUGGACGGGACUCAACGACGAGUCAUCAUAGACGCGGAUCUCGUCAACCCGCGAGCCAUCAUCACCGACCCUCCCAGCGGAAAUCUGUACUGGACCGACUGGAACCGUGACGCUCCAAAGAUCGAGACGUCGUACAUGGACGGGUCAAACCGGCGGGUUCUGGUCAAAGACGACCUCGGCCUUCCAAACGGGCUGACGUUAGACUCCCAGAGCUCUCUGCUCUGCUGGGCGGACGCAGGCACCCAUAAAAUGGAGUGUAUGAACCCGAGCCGUGGCGACCGCAGGCAGGUGCUCGAGGGGAUCCAGUACCCGUUUGGAAUCACGUCGUUUGGGAAGAACAUCUACUACACCGACUGGAGGAGGGACGCCGUGGUCGUUGUGGACCGCUACGCUGGCCGGGAGUCGGACGAGUUCCAGCCUCAGAAACGGACCAAACUGUACGGCAUCACCACAGCCUUCUCCCAGUGUCCUUCAGGACAAAACUACUGUGCUGUCAACAACGGCGGCUGCACUCACCUCUGUUUAGCGACCCCUAAUGGCCGCUCCUGCAAAUGUCCAGACAACGCGGUGGGUGUGGGCUGCGUGGAGAGAGACGGCGGGUACUAAAAGACGGCAGCUGCUCUCUGAGAUUUAUCACUGUUUGGAUGUUUGAGAGCUGAUCAGCAUCAUUAAAGUAUUCACCAUUUUACCACGGCGGCUGUUUUCUCCAGUGUGACGCUCAGGAAGGAAGACUGAAUGUUUUUACGUUGUGUCAGUGAAGGAAAUGCUAAAAGCUGACUUUGUUUGAAGCAGAAUGCUAACAGUAGAGAUGAUAGCGGUGUGAGAAAGAAGGGGACGUUUGGACUCUUCCCUCGGUCAGCUGUCAUCAAUGAAAAGGCUGAAAUUAUUCAGUCAUGCCUGAAAUCUUCAUUCCCAGAAGCCUCCUCUGCAGACCACUACUGUGAGACGGCGCUUCUCUCAGAAUGGAAAUACACUAAAACUUUCAGAAUAAAAUCAACUGAAACUUACGGUUAGUGUUAAGCCGGGUGUACGCUGUGAUUUCAAUCUGACCGUACGACCGUCGUAGCAGAAUAUCAUCUCACACUGAGCGACUGUGACAGAAACCAGCGGAGUUUCCUUUUUAAAAAGUCUCACACACUCAGGGUGAAGCGUCUCCAUUCAUUCUCUCUCCCUCUCCUGUUACCUCUCUCUAUCCCACACACAAACAUCAUCACCUCAGGUCCUCAGGAAUAUUUCCUGCUCGUUUAUUUCCUUUAUCAUAGUCACGGUAAUUUAGGAGGUUUUCUGACUACAAAUGAAAACAAUCCUCCAAAGUUGUUCGUUCUGCUCGCGUUUCUGCUCUCACUGAGAAGUGUCUGGAGUCGUACGACCAAAAUAUCAAACAUGCCAGAACUCCUCCCGACCAGCCGGGAGCAGGUCGUAAGGUCGUACGACGGGCUGUGGUCGGCCGUCGUAGCCCCUGUACACAGCACGAGAAAUGACGCCCGAUCCAACUGAGAGUCACGCGAUUCCAAAUUCACGCCUGAAUCGCAGGAAAAUCGCACCGUGUAGACCCGGCUUUAGGGUGGGGUUAGGGUUCAUUACGUUAAAAGUCAGAAAUCUGAGAACAGAAUUAUUAAAUGUUUAAUAACGCCGACUACAUCCACUUCUUACAGGAAAUAAAAGCUUAUCCUCCAUCAAAACACUGUAACACAGCUAAUGUAGCUAUGUAGCUAAUGUAUCUAAAUGUAGAGUUAACAAAGCUACAUUAGCUACAUGGGUAAAGUGGAUGUAAUUGAAAUAGCUACAGUUACAACAAAUAAAGCUACAUUAGCUACAUUAGACUAUCUAAAGCUGUUAGCCUUAGCUACAGCUAAUGAGGGAAAACAGAGCCACCGCUCACAUAACCACAAAGGCUAUGAAGCUACAUAGCUAUAUCCAAAGCUAACAAAGCUACAUUAGCUAUAAAACUAGCAUUGCUAAAAUAUGUAGCUAAGGCAAAAGCGAACAAUGCUACAUUAGAUACAUCAGAUUAUGCUACAUUUGCUAGAGCUUCACUUGUUUUAGAAGGUUUUGCUAACAGUGCCUCGCUUUGCUGACAGUAAUAUUCAUAUUUAUAGUAAGGUUAACUACAUAGCUAGCAAAGCUAUAGUAGCUUAAGCUACAGCUAACAAAGCUAAAACAACUAUGUAUGUUACGUAGCUUCUUAGCUAAAUCUAAAGCUAACAAAGAUAUGUUAGCUACAUGAGUUAUUUAGAUAUACAGCUAAUGUGGCUAAAGCUGAAACUAAUGAAGCUAUGUUAGCUACAUGGCUAAUGUAGCUACAUAGCUAAUGCAGCUAAAGCAAAUGAAGCCAGGUUAGACCUGUUUAAGAAGCAGUUAUGUGAACGGUGGCUCACUUUAGCUCCGUUAGCUACUGCUUAAGCUAAUGCAGCAACAGUCACAUCUAUGUUAGUAUACUCUGUAGCUAAUGAAGCUACGUCAGCUUCAGCUGUAGCUAACGAAGCUUGCGUGAACGUAAAUCUGAGCUUUAUUCUGUUUAUUCAUGGAGAGCUGCUCCGUCUGAAAGUCUGGUUAGCUCAUGAAUGUGUCUGCCAAACUUUGUUUAUGAAUAAAGUUGGAUUGAGAAGAAAACUUCUGAAAUGUUGUAGGGGUAAAUAACGUCCCUUCUGUUCUGACAGAAGCGACAUUUCAUUGUUCUGGUCUGCAAGAGGGGGUGUCUGAGAUGUGUGGUCUGCAGCCAGACCCUCUCUCAUGUUUACGCUCAGGCUGCGUUCACGCUGCACUUCAAACGGACCUGAAUCUGCUGUUUUUGCUCACAUGUGACUCAUAUCUGACAGUGUGAACAGCAGAGGUCACGUUGAGUCUGACCUUUUAGAUCAGAGUCAGACCACUUUGGUAUGUGGUUCUAAACCAGAUUUAGGUCUGAUCACGGCUGACUGCUGUGUGAACGUAGCCUACGAACGCUGCAGUCUGGCGUUAAAUCCUCAUCAGAGCUUCCCUCCCUGAACGUGGCGCCGAAGAGAAACGGCUGCUUUGUGAAUUUGGCGAAUAGGUGCUGAAAACGCCACUGAAACCCCCGAGGUGAACUUACUGUGCCUUUUAUUGCUGAGUUAUGCUUAUCUACAUUUAUAAAGUCACAGAACUGUAAAUAUAAACACUAUAUUUGUCUCCUUUUCCUGAGUGCACAUAAACUGAGAAUAAAGCUCAAGGGAUUCAUAAUUUAAUGUGAAAAUCAUCAAUGCAUGACAUCAUUUCCUGUCUGGAUCAGCUGUUUCUUGUUGUCAUGAGCUGGUGGGAUGAGUUUACAGCAAAAGAAGAAACUUUUUUAAACUUGU